AUGUUCUGGCUCGGAAUGAUCCUGACCAUGAUUUUGGCACAGUCGCUGCAGUGGUGGAGCGAAUGGGGGUUCCGGAUCGCUGUCGUCUCGAGCUUAGGGGCAAAUCUUGUCGUCGGCAUCCUGUCCGGGACACGGCGGCGCUCGGCGCCCCGCUGGUUGUGGGCGUUACUAGGCGAGGUGGCUAAGUUGGUCGUCUGGCUUGCGUACCAGGUCGCUGAGGCAGCGACGACGAGCGCACUCGGCAGCCUGUCCCUCUGCGGCUCCGAUGCGUCGGAGGAGGAGAAGCAGGUGGUCGCGUUCUGGGCCCCGUUCCUCCUGCUGCACCUGGGCGGCCCGGACAACCUGACCGCCUACGCUCUGGAGGACAACAAGAUCUCCAACCGCAAAUGGCUUGAGAUACUCGUUCGGAUUCUGGGGGUCAUUUAUACCAUCUGCAACAACACACAUCGCGGCGGCCGCAGCUGGGCUCUGCUGCUCGCGGCGUCCGUCGUCAUGCUUGUCGCCGGCGCCGUCAGGUACGUGGAGAGGGCGAACGCCCUACGGAAAGCCAACUUGGACAGCAUGCAGGAGGACGCCUCGUCAAGCAGCAGCAAGGACGACUUUGAGAUGCUGAAAUGCAGAAUCAAGAGGACGAAGAGGCAGGGGCGGUCGCUCCGCGACGGAGAAGCGCUGCUCCUUGCUCAAGAUCUGUUCCCCAUCUGGCGCCAUGCCCUGGUCGAUUCUUCUGUCGAUCCAGCUUCUAUUUCACCAAGGCAGGAAGCCAGCGAGAUGAUACUCUCGGAGUGGGACUGGGAGAGCAUGUGCAAGGUGGCCGAGAUGGAGCUGUCCCUCAUCUACGAGUUCCUCUACACCAAGGCGAUCCUGGCACACACCUGGCACUACUACCUCAUCCGCUUGUUGUCGCCCCUCUUCACUGCUGCUGCCACAUUUCUCUUCUGCUUCUGGCUUCAUCCUGAUAAGCAGCAGCAGGGCGAUGAUGGCCACAGGGUCAGGGGAUCCUUUGUCGGGAUCACCUACGCCUUGCUGGCCAUUACCUUCCUCAUGGAUGUGGCAUGGCUGCUGAGAGCCCUCGGGUCGACAUGGGCGUACUCCUACUUCCAGGCCGCCGGAAGAAGAUGGUGGUGCAGCAUCCACCGCAUCGUCGUCCGCCUGGACCCGUUGCAGCUAUUCUGUCGCGAUCCGGUCAGCCACAGGCGGUGGUCGGGCACCAUCGGCCGGUACAACUUGCUGGACGAGUGCACUGCCACCCCUACGACUCGUCCAGAGUGGUGGCCGGUGUCCAUGCCUGGAGACGACAGACCCAAGGAGUUGGGGUAUCUGUCUAAGCUUCCUCAAUGCGUAAAGAAAGUGCUGUUCGAGCGAGUGACGGAAAUAUUGCAGCAGGCCAUUAAUACUGAGGAAAAACAAAUUGGUCAGGAGAAGGAGGAGGAGGAGAAGAAGAUGUACACCAGCCAGUUGCAGGUAACCCGCAAGAAACUGGUUGAAAUAUGGGAUGGGGGUGAGCGUAGUAAGAUACUACCCGAUCGAGAAAAAUCAAACAUGAAAAACAAAGAAAAACUUGCCAUGAUCCUGCGACGCGUAAGGAUCGUGGAGCCCGAGGCGACUGAGCUACAAUUGAGGGAUCAAAUUCGAGGCAACGAAGGCGACAAGCGACCUACUGUAGAAAGCGGAGCUGCUCCGUGGUCUCCUCCUCCGCUGGUACCAGAUGAGAUGCUGGAGAUCAUCUUCAAUGUGUGGGUGGAUAAGCUGGUGUACGCGGCCGUCCGGUGCAGCAGGGAGGCCCAUGCCCAGCAGCUCAGCUCCGGUGGCGACCUCACCACCGUGCUGUGGAUGCUUAUCCAACAUGCUGGCCCGUUUUGCAUUGGAGAAGCAAAGAACAUCUACAUCGUCCCGCCUGCAAAGCCACCGCCGCCGCCUCGGCCUCCGCUGAAGAAGGAUGAAGCGAAGCCGAAGCCGAAGCCAAAAGAUCCGAAGCCGGAAAAAAUGCCGAAGCCGAAGCCGGAAGAAAAGAAGCCGGAAGAAAAGCCGAAGCCUCCGCCUCCGCCUCCGUGCUGUCCCGUGUGCCCUCCGUACUACCACCCAUCAUACCCCCCCGUGUGCCCUCCAUGCUAUGGCCCAUCAUGGCCCCCCGUGUGCCCUUGGUACCCCCAAUGUCCCCCGCAACAUGAGAGACCAGGAGACGAACCUGAGGAAGCCAGAGAAGAUAAACACGAAGAUUCUUCUUCUUCUGAUGAGGAUUCCGAAUCCGAAGAAUAA